AUGGUCGCCAAUGGCUAUACCCUUACAGACGUCCUCCGCAAGGAGAUCUGCAUGGAGAAGAAGAGACGUCCAUGCAUCACCCAGGAAGCUGUGUGUAUGUGGAUGCUGGACGAGCAUGGAGUCACGAUCACCCAAAGGAUAAUCAGCAACGUCCUGAAGCGUUCUGCAGACCUGCUAGGUCAAGCCAUGAGCAAUUCAGCCCUCCAUUCCAAGCGGCAGCGUGCGAUUACGUACCCACUGGUGGAGACGGCGCUUGCUCGGUGGGUUAUUGAGUACCGGGUUGUUGUCAACAUCAGCGGACACCUGAUCUAUGAAAAAACGGUAUCUUUUAUGAAGACGCUGUAUCCAACCGUCAAGGAUGAGGAUGAACUCGCAUUCUCAAUCGUUUGGUUGCAGAAAUUUAGAAAUCACCACGGCAUCCGCAUGCACCGUCGCUUUGGCGAAGUCAAAUCUGUCGACGUCAAAGCACUGGAGGAGCGACUGCCGAAAAUGCGCGCUCAAUUGGACCAGUACAACGCCGCCGAUAUCUACAACAUGGAUGAGACCGGCCUGUUCUACCGAAUGCAGGUAGAUUCAUCGCUUUCGACACACCAGCUGGAGGGUCCGAAGCAGAGCAAAGAGCGGAUUACGAUGGCCAUCUGCAGCAACACAGACGGAUUUGACGAGUUUCCGCUGUGGGUCAUCGGAAAGUUCCUAAACCCACUCUGUUUCAUAAAUGUGGACCGCAGAAACCUGAGCGUUACCUAUCACGCCAACAAAACGAGUCGAUGA